AGCUCUACCAACGAAGAUGUCUUACCCCCCAUCAAGAAGUAGCUUGCUGCCCUCCUCCAAUUUCCGUCUUUUUCCUGUACUGGUGUUUGUUCUUUCUUGCUGGUAUUGAGUGCUAGCAGUGUGGGUAAAAAAUCGCUCAAUUGUAUAGUUUUCCAUUACAUGUUCAUGUAAAAGUCACUGCUAGUACUAGCUAGUAGUAGUUCUGCUAGCGCUCCUCCCGCCCCUGUCAUGCUUAUAAUGCUCCAAGUUUAAGAACAUCAAUGGCUCGGCUCAACCACGAUCUCUUGAGUAUGUUCCUCAACAGGAGAGUGCCGCAGGGCUGGAGCAAACGCCUUCUCCUCGUCACUGUCGCCUUCCUAACGCAGUGGCGGCCCUCUAAGUGGCUCCAGUUCCACGACAAUUUGUUGCCAACAGAGGAUGCAACAAGCGAUACCGACGGUGAGACGGCGUGGGGUAGAACAAGAUCGUCGGGACGAAUCAGAAACAGAAGCGAAAACGUCGUCGACUGCACCAGCUUCAUAUUUUCCCACGCGGUCGUUCUGCUUCCGCAGGAGCAGAGGCGGGGGUCUUCUGCUACAUCAGUAGUUUCCUCGCAGAGAACUAAACGAAGAGCUCCUUCUAGGUCGAAAUCAAUAGAAAUUUUUUCAAGAAGGCAGGGUACACCUGGAAGUACGACAACUGUUACUUCUGCCAUCAAGAACACGAAUGGGAAUGCGAAGAGGGCCACGACGAUCGGUUCACUCUUGCAGCAGAGCAGAGUGGAGAACGACAAGGAUGUUGUAGAUCAUGAGCCGGGCCUACCAACACCUAUGGAUAGCGAGAUGAAAACAAGCGUCAAGGUCAAACGACAUCGCCAACAAGGUGCUCGUCCUACUUCCGAUCGCAAUCAUCAUCAAGAGCAGGAAGAUCAACAUCGGGGCCCCGCCGAUGGAAGUCGUGGUAAUAAACCACGUGAUAUUAAAGUAGAUAUUGAGCAGCGCGGCGGCCGCGGCAAACAUAGAAGGAUGAGCAUCAUCAAGGGCAGUACUACGCGAGGAGAAACGAAACCUGGGCCGCAAUCGCAAUCCUCCAGUGAUGUUGGAAGUGAAACGGCUCCAAGCAAGAGACGUUUACUGCCAGCAGUAGCAGGAACUGGCGAUGACCUGCCAGAGCAGGACUUCGCACCGCAAGAAUCACCUGUGGAGGUCCAGAAGGUUCUCAGAAACAGUUGCUGUGGCGAUGACGCAACAACAACUUCCGACGUCACAGCUGGUGCAGCUGGCUUUGGUGGUUCAGGGUUCCCAAGUUACGGUCCGAGCAUCAUUCUGGGUCCCGGCGGCGGCGGUAUGACAACCUCAGAAUGGAAAUCCUCAAAGUGGAAGUGAUUUGUAAUGCAAAAAACGACUCCAGUUGAAGCGCCAUUUCUAAUCGGCGCAUGACAAAUUUCCCUGGCACUCAAAACAUGUCUAUCGUGCUAGUUCUUAGGGCAAAGGUGUGUCCUUCUCUCGUGCUAAUCAGCAGCCCAAUGCUGAACCCGUAGAAGCGCAAUAGUCGGCCUCCAUGGCGUCCUCUGCAAUACAGUCUUUUCGGUGUCGCAUUUCAUGCAUCACAAAUUACUUACUUCCACUUUGAGAAUUUCCAUUGUGAGGCUUGCAUAGGCGGGUGUGGCUGCGUGCUGGUGGUCGUGAUCGCUCUCGCAGGCCUGCUGUUUGUCGCUCUAGCCGUUAUUUUCAUAAUGGUGUGUGUCUGCAGAAAACACUUUUGCUGUAUCGAACCUCCGGAGGAGGCGUGGUGUCGGGGCUGUUGUCCGGAGGGUGACGAGAAGAGGCACACGAGAAAAACCGCUAGUCAGCGAAAAACCCACCAUCACCACCACCACGAUCACGAUCAGAAAAAUUCGAGGAAAACGCGAGCCAGCUCCCGGACGACGCAGCUCCACGGGCAGCUGAGAGAGGAGCAUGAAAGGAAAAGUGAGAAGCUGGUGAUACCGCCGAUAAUUGUGUCCCCGAUAACGCCGACGGUGAGGACAAGCACGAGGAACACGUAUAAUGUUGGUGGUGCGUCGCCGGGGGAUAGGGAUUACAGAGACUACAGAGACCAGACAAGCCAUGUAGGAAUUGCGACACACUUGUUACAUGAUCAUCAUCACCCGAAUCACGAACACCGGCACCGCCCCCCAACGCCCUCACCGGCAAGAAGUCCGACAAGGGCGUCCUCAGUUGUGGUGUUGAUAUGCAAUACAAAUUUACGUGUAUAUGUACAAAAUGCAUCACAAAUUGUACCAAUUCGGAGUGUAACACUUGUCAUGCUGAACUAGGAUCGAAGCCCAGUUUUGUCAUGCAGAGACCGCAUUUGUACGUGUACGGGAAACUUACUGUGGACAGCUAACUGCGCACGACCAUCAUCAUGACCCCCGACAGACCACAGCGAGUAGCAGGGCGACUUCCUCCGUUAUACCAUUGCACGGACCAUUUGCUGACCGGAGCACGACUGGUGUAGUAGUUCCUAGGGGCACGACAGCGUCCGAUAGAUCUCAAGCGUCCAGUGUGUCGAGAGGCACAACCGGUUCGACCACCAAUCCUAGGGCAACAGACCGCUCUUCUCGUCCCUAUAGAUUGUCUUCUCCCGGCACGACGACCGUAGGUGCACAAGGCGCGGCGUCUACACCGAAGUCCGCGGGGCACCGAUAUCACCACGAUCUUCAUCGUGGUAGGGGGCCGUCCCUAAGGAGGGGAAGGGCCGCCGCUGGAGAAGGGGAUCACGGGAUGAAUCUUGGUGAUGUUGUAGCUGCUAACAUUUCUUCUUCUACCCUCACCGGCCUGACUUCUCUCCCGUCCAGCUACGCCCAUCUGACAGCGCAGCUUCCGUCCAGCUUCGCCCAUCUGACAACGCAGCUUCCGUCCAGCUUUAUCGCCCCACCUGGCGGUAGCGAGGAGGUGGAUGACAGUCAUGUUACUACCGUAGUUAGUGGUAUCCUGUGGAAAUAAAACGCCACCAGCAGCAGCACCCCAGAUUUCUUGUCGGGGUCAUGGAAAUUUGCAUGAUGCCGGCCGCGCCCUCGCCCAGAGUAGAUAUUCAUGCGCAGGAGGCGUAGCCGCAUUCAUGAGGAACGUUUUCCAGCGGUGUUUUGGAAUUUGUGAUGCUAUUUUCAGCAUAACGUUAAUGGGAUCGAUUUCUAUGCAGCGACGUGGCCAAAGUUGUCAUGCGCAAGAACGACAGGGAACUUGACUUGUGUAGCAAAGUCCCCAUGACAAAGUACUUUAGAUACUUCUGCCUGCGGGCGGUGGUGUUGUUUGGGGGUGUUUUCACUAAGCAUAAUUGCAGUGACGUCUUCGACUAGUAAGGAAAACGUCGAAGUAGAUGCAGCGCUCGAGCAGGUACUAGCGCCGCAUGACCGUAAGCCAAAAGAUGCCAAGGAAGUAGGAAGCAAUAAAGACGAGUUUUCUCUUGGAGGAUCUUCAUCUCAAUAAUUUGAAUUUCUACUUGCAUAAAUUGAGAUAGACGAAUUGCGAGGACACAAUAUACAAUUCUCAUUCAACAAAACGAAG